AUGAAUGGGUUUGACUUAAUGAGCUAUCUCAAUGGAUCCAUAACACCGCCACCACGCACCAUUAAGCAAGACACACAAGAUGUCGUUAAUCCAGAUUUCAAAAUCUGGUUUCAGCAAGAUAAUCUCAUCUGCAACGCCUUAAUGGCAUCUGUUGACUCCACCAUUGCACCAUCAGUUGCCUCUGUUGAAACUUCAAAGGAAGCAUGGGACUAUUUGCAUACUACAUAUGCAAAUAGAUCUCAAACCAGGAUCUACCGUCUUCGAGAUGCAUUGGCGAAAGUUCAGCGAGAUCAAAAAUCUGUCACUGAUUAUCUCAGGGAGAUAAGAACUAUCACUGAUGAACUAGCUGUUGCUGGUGCUCGCAUUUCUAAUGAAGAGUUGGUUGUAAAAAUUUUGAGUGGCCUUGGACCUGAAUAUGAGGCUUUAAGUACUGUUAUUCGUUCAAGAGACUCCUAUUUCAUAUGA